AAGAUAAUUGUUUUAAGAUAUAUAAAUCUGCGGUAAAACUUAUUUACCACAGAGAGUGAGUGAAUGUUACUGUGUGGUGAUAUAUAGCCUGCCGUUAUAUAGUGACGCUAAUAUGACAAAACACAACAGUCAACAUAUUUGUUACAAGGCAUUUUUACUUUCGAGAAUUUCGAAACUUUUUUAAGAAUUAAGAUUCUGAUAAAAUGGAAAAUGAAAGAAUACAGAAAGAAAUUGAAGAAACUGAUCUGAUUGAUUUAAUAACACCAAAUGAAGUCUUUGACACAAUUCAAAUGUACGAUUCAACUAUCGAAGUAAUUGGCUAUGUGGAUAGUAUAGAACCGUCUCAUAAUAAAGAAAUUGAUCUAAAAAACGAAUAUUUUAAAUUUUAUUUAAAUAACGGAAAUGGAAAACGUGUCCCAGUCAUAGCAAAGAGCAACAAUAUUGGAGAUAAUUUAUAUAUUUUACGUUGUAUGAAGCUACAUUCUAUUGUUCAUUUAGAUGGCGUUCAAACAAUACCUAAUUUAGAGUAUAAUAAUGGAACUGUUCCAUACCAAUUAAUAAUUAGAGGAAAUAGUGUAGUAACAAAUUUGGGUAACUACGAAUUAACUAAGCCUAUUCCAACUAAACUAUGUCAAGUACUGAAUACUUCAGGACGCAUUAUGUUGAGAGGUUAUAUAAAAUCUAAUUUUAUGGAAAUCUACGAUGACAAGUUAAAUAAAUUAAUUGGCUGUGGAUCAAUUACAGACGGCACAUACAAAUUAGAAAUUCAUAUAAAAGAUUUUUCUUACACUGAUUAUCUUACACGUGGUAUAGAAAAAGGAGACAAAAUAAAAGUAAUAGGUAUCAUGCAAACAGACAAUCCAAUAUAUCUACUUGUAAAUGAUAUAAGUAGUAUUGAAAAAUUAGAUGGAUAUAUGUCAUUCAGUGCAAUGUUAAAAGGUAUUUGUGUACCAAAAAGAGAAACGUAAGGAGAGACAUUAUAAAAAGUAAAUAAGACAAUUUUAAUAUCUAUUAUUAAUUGUAAAGCUAAAAAGUAGCAAAAUAGUCAAAAGUAAGAGAGC